AUGCUUAUUCUGCUUCAUGUCAUGAUCACCCCAUUGCUCUGUGUCUCCCAUGCCAUGCCCCUUCCCAGCAACGGAACCCUCCCCAACACAACUGAGAUCCCCUGGGCUGAGACUCCUCUCAAGGACUGGGACCUGAUCUCUCCACGUGUUACCCUUUCAAGCCAGGAGCCUGCUGGCCCCCCUUUGCUGUUUCUCAUGGAGGACUCUAGCACCCAUCCAGGGCAGGCUGCUAACAGGACGCUGAAGUUGAAACGGUCGCUGGAGGGGGCCAUACGGCGGGGGGAGAUGUCGGUGUGUGACAGUGUCAAUGUCUGGGUAACAGACAAGCGUACAGCUGUGGACAUUCGUGGCAAAACCGUGACUGUGCUUUCGGAGGUCCAAACACUGACAGGACCCCUGAAGCAGUAUUUCUUCGAGACCAAGUGUAAUCCUGCAGGGGGCACAGUGAAUGGCUGUCGUGGUGUGGACCGGCGCCACUGGAUCUCAGAGUGCAAGGCUAAACAAUCAUAUGUGAGGGCACUCACUAUGGAUUCUGACAAGAUUGUGGCCUGGCGCUGGAUCCGGAUUGACACAUCAUGUGUCUGCACCCUGCUCACCCGCACUGGCCGGACGUAG